UCCCAUUCUGCCAUACUACAUAAAUAGAGCCCUUAGUCAGAGGUCUGGAGACCGUUGUGUGGAGCCCCUGAGCGCCUAAAGCUAUUUGUUGGGUUGGUCAGGUCUAACAGAAUUGAGAUAUCUUCAAGGAUGUCUCUGACUAAUCCCAUACCAAUGGGGCCAUGGAAGCUCACAGUCUACGACCAAGAGAACUUUCAAGGUAAGCGCAUGGAGUUCACCGCAGCCUGUCAGAACAUCAUGGAAUGUGGCAUGAACAAUGUCCGCUCUGUGAAGGUGGAGUGUGGCGCCUGGGUGGGCUACGAACACUCCAGCUUCUGUGGGCAGCAAUUCAUCUUGGAGAGAGGAGACUACCCUCGCUGGGAGUCUUGGAGUGGCAGCAAUGCCUACCACAUCGAGAGGCUAAUGUCCUUCCGCCCAAUCUGCUCUGCUAACCAAAAGGAGUCAAAGUUGACUGUUUUUGAGCGGGAGAACUUUAUCGGACACCAGUGGGAGAUCACUGAUGACUACCCCUCUCUGCAGUCCAUGGGUUGGCUCUCCAAUGAGAUUGGAUCAAUGCAGGUGCAAAGUGGGGCCUGGGUUUGUUACCAGUACCCCGGCUACCAUGGUUACCAGUACAUCCUGGAGUGUGACCACCAUGGUGGCAAGUACAAACACUACAGGGAGUGGGGCUCCCACGCUCAGACCUUCCAGGUGCAGUCCCUCCGCCGGGUUGAGCAGUGAGGGCAGCCUGCCUAAACCACUUCCUCCUUCCCCCACAUCCUCCUCCUCUUCCUCCAUCUCCUCCUCACCUCCACCCCAUCACUCUGACACCGUCAAGUCCAGCUAGACCUGACGGACCACAGGCAGAACGCCUGGUGCAUUCGGCAAAUAUUCACUGCACUUUCUUCUUUCUCAAUACCAUCAAUUGAAAGAAAAGAGUGAGAGGAAGAAUGCAAGCAGGCUGAUUCUGUGGGUGGCAGAGUGAUGUGACUUAAGUUUUGCUCCUCAUCGCUGUCAUGAUGCAGUCUGUGCAAAAGAGAUCAAUAAAGGGCUCAAGUAUGAAAACAA